UCCUGGUCCUCAUCGCCCCUCUCCUCCUCUUCCUCCCCUCUCUCUUCCUCUCCCUGAAUUUUCUCCUCUCCUCUCAGGUCAGUCCAUGGUAUUCCGCUCCCCCCUAGACCUCUAUUCCUCCCACUUCUUGUUGCCAAACUUCGCCGAUUCUCACCACCGCUCCCUACUUCUGGCGAGUAGCGGCGCCAGGAACGGUGCGGGAGGCGGCGGCGCGGGAGGCGGCGGCGGCGGGAACUGUGCGGGAGGCGGCGGUGCUGGCGGAGCAGGCGGCGGCGGCAGCGGCGGCGGCUCCAGGGCCCCCCCGGAAGAGUUGUCCAUGUUCCAGCUGCCCACCCUCAACUUCUCGCCGGAGCAGGUGGCCAGCGUCUGCGAGACGCUGGAGGAGACGGGCGACAUCGAGCGGCUGGGCCGCUUCCUCUGGUCGCUGCCCGUGGCCCCCGGGGCGUGCGAGGCCAUCAACAAGCACGAGUCGAUCCUGCGCGCGCGCGCCGUGGUCGCCUUCCACACGGGCAACUUCCGCGACCUCUACCACAUCCUGGAGAACCACAAGUUCACCAAGGAGUCUCACGGCAAGCUGCAGGCCAUGUGGCUCGAGGCGCACUACCAGGAGGCCGAGAAGCUGCGCGGCCGCCCGCUCGGCCCCGUGGACAAGUACCGCGUGCGCAAGAAGUUCCCGCUGCCGCGCACCAUCUGGGACGGCGAGCAGAAGACGCAUUGCUUCAAGGAGCGGACUCGGAGCCUGCUGCGGGAGUGGUACCUGCAGGACCCCUACCCCAACCCCAGCAAGAAACGCGAACUGGCGCAGGCCACCGGCCUCACUCCCACACAAGUAGGAAACUGGUUUAAGAACCGGAGGCAGCGCGACCGCGCCGCGGCGGCCAAGAACAGGCUCCAGCACCAGGCCAUCGGACCGAGCGGCAUGCGCUCUCUGGCCGAGCCCGGAUGCCCCACGCACGGCUCGGCAGAGUCGCCGUCAACGGCGGCCAGUCCCACCACCAGCGUGUCCAGCCUGACGGAGCGCGCGGACACCGGCACCUCCAUCCUCUCGGUAACCUCCAGCGACUCGGAAUGUGAUGUAUGA